UAUUGCGUAGCAGCGGUGAAAAGUGUUCGAAGGUAUCGAAUCGGCUAAAAUGUAUCCAAAUCCAAUGUGGUUCAAGGGGAGACCGGCGAAGAAUCCUCGACGAUCAGGAUCUCAGAGAAUGGAUCGAGGAUCAGCAUCCUACAGUGGAUAUGCAUCUGUGCCAUCCAGAACAUCUCAGCUCGCUUCUGCAUUUCAUCUGGCUUCUACACUUCGGCCGGCCACCGUACCUCAGCCGGCCACUGCACUUCAGCCGGCCACUGCCCCUAAGCCAUCCUCAGGAUCAGCAUCCUACAGUGGAUAUGCAUCUGUGCCAUCCAGAACAUCUCAGCUCGCUUCUGCAUUUCAUCUGGCUUCUACACUUCGGCCGGCCACCGUACCUCAGCCGGCCACCGCACUUCAGCCGGCCACUGCACUUCAGCCGGCCAUGGGCAAUGUGCCGCCAACAGCAGCGCCGCGUUCCCGCCAUCCACCCGAUCGUCAUGCUAGUUAUAAAAAGCGUCUUGAGGCACAAUCCAUGGAAAUCGUAUUGCAAUCGUUGGAAAUGAUGGCAAGUUUACCUUCAAUCACAUCAAUACAACGGCAACGUGCUGCAACAAGCAGCGGGAGGGUUUUUGCCCAAUUUUUAGGCAAUUUAUUGGACGACAUGUCGCCGCGGAAAUCUAUGAUGGCGCAAGAGGCUAUAAGGCGCUACGUCAAGAAGCUAUAAACGGAGGAAUUUACGGAACAGGUCGGACUGGAAGUCGUAACAAUCGAGAGCGGUAGUAAUAGGGAUUAGGACAUUCAUCAGCACUUUCUAAGCACGUUAGUUGUUAAGGUAUGAAUUAUUGAAUUAUUAUUCCAGCAAGAAUUAAUGAUUAAUCAGUGAAUUUUUGUACCGCAGUCCUUUCAACAACCGAACUAUUUUCUCACAUAAUAUCGAAAUAAACAGCGGGAUACUCUG